AUGUUUCCAAAUCGACCAUCUCUUGGUGGCUCUCCACCACUUCCCUCCACUGGCAGAUCAUCUUCAUUAUCAGUUGGCCAAGAUGAUAAACAACCUAUCCUAAACAAUUCCCAACAACAACAUCAUUCAGGUAAUCUUGUUGGAAGAGAUUCAGAAUUAUUCGAAACUAGUCAUCCUCACCAUUCAUCAGAACACAUUCCAGAAUCGAGAUUUGAUCCAAUCUCAACUAAUUACAAUCCAGAAGUUAAUAUGCAAAGAGGAGUUUCGUCCUCCAUCGACAAGGAAACUGUUGGAAAGGGAACUUCAAAAGUUUUUAAAGGAGAACCUUCUGCAGAUCAUGAAAGACCACCUCAAUUUGAAGAUUAG